GCUGAGCAUCAGCAGAGACUGACAAAGCAAAGGCGAACCCAGAGAUGAGGGCGACGGGGAGCGCUGCUAGUGGUUAUUGCGGUCUGCGUCAAACCCAUUUCAGAGGAUAAUGCCCUCGGUGCCUCUUAAAGGACUUUCUGGGUUUGUUAUUUACUCGCUGCAGUGGUCCAUGUCAGUACCUUCGGGGUAAACAACAUCCAGCAGGGACAGUGAUGGUCCCACCGUCUCCAGCCUCUCAGUCACUCUCAGCAUCUGCAUUGUGAGGAGAAAGGGCUUGUGAAGCAAUAUGCACAGAUAAAAAACAACAUAUUUUAUUGUUGUUGCAUUAAAAAAAAACCAAAAACCAAAAACCCCAGACAGAGCCAUAAUUGGAUUACUGGGUGUUGUUGUCUGCCAACAUGAACUCUCUGUUUUUCUCCGACUCUCCGCCCGGGCCGGUCUGCAGCGCCGCGACCGGGUCCGGCGCGGUGACCAGCGCCCUGCGUAACGACCUGGGCUCCAACAUCCAUGUGCUGAAAACCCUCAAUCUGCGGUUUCGCUGCUUCCUUGCCAAAGUCCACGAACUGGAGAGAAGAAACAAACUGCUGCAGAGCCAGCUGCAGCAAGCCCUGCUGAAAACGCAGUACCGACACCUUUACUCCCGUGAAGUUGCCGUGCAGACGGACGGUCCGGAUUCAAGAUUUCCGGGGACCAUCUGGAGUUUCACCCACGUCCGGAGGCAAGGGGAGCGCUUCGAGACCCUGCGCGGGCCCGGGGUGACGUGGACGCACCCGGACGGAGUUGGGGUCCAAAUAGACACCAUCACCCCAGAACUGAGGGCUCUGUAUAACGUGUUGGCCAAAGUCAAGCGGGAGAGGGACGAGUACAGGAGAAAAUGGGAGGAGGAGCUGUCCAAGCGAGAGCAGCUGGAGUCAACGGUGGAAUCCAUGCAGGAGAGUGCGCAGGAGUCGACCGAGGUCCAGGAUGAGCUGAGCGAGAAGGUGGACAGACUGAAGGCCGAACUUGUGGUCUUCAAGAGUCUGAUGACUGAUCAAAUGUCUGACCUGGACACCAAGAUCCAGGAGAAAGCCAGGCGGGUAGACAUGGACAUCUGCCGGCGGAUCGACAUCACGGCCAAACUGUGCGAUGUGGCCCAGCAACGCAACUCAGAGGACAUGUCAAAGAUGUUCAACGUCAGUCCGGCCCGGUCGCUCCCGGAGAAGGGUGCCAUGGCCUGCUGCAGGAGAAAAGAGCGUAAAGUCGUGUCUGAUGAGGAGAGUUCAGAGAUGGAUGCCGAGCCCAGCCCUUCAGAGGAGGACGUCCCCGGUUCGCUCAACAUCACGGACGAAAUGAAACGCAUGCUCAACCAGCUACAUUGCUCAGAUAACUCCUUUGUUGCCAGGCGCGAGACGUUUGAAAUUGACGACGAUUGCGACAGUCUCACGUGGGAGGAGAAUGAGGAGACUCUGUUGCUGUGGGAAGACUUCACAAACUACAACUUACCGUGCACCUCCAACGCAACGCCCGGCACAGCCGCCUGCCCAUCCGCCUGCCCAUCCGAUGGGAACGGUGAAGCCCCUGAUCCGGACUCCCAGGAUGGAAGUCUUGGCAGCCUCAUUGAUGAAACAGAGUCACUAUUUAAGACCAGAGAGCAGCAGUACCAGGAGAGCAUCGGCGAGAUCGAGAUGGAAUUGGCCACAGCAAAGAGUGACAUGAACCGACAUCUGCACGAGUACAUGGAGAUGUGCAGCAUGAAAAGAGGCCUCGACGUGCAGAUGGAGACCUGUCGGCGGAUGAUUAAAGGCGGCAGGAACUCUCCCUCUGUCAGCUCUGUGGCCAGCAGCGACUCAGGGAACACAGACGAGAUCCAGGACGAGAUCUCGGACAAGGACCCCGAGGCUGGAGUAUCCGUUAGUUGAUGGCUGCACAGCCGGCCUUUGACCCGUCUCUUCCUAAACGCCCCUCGUCAUCACAGGGGGUCAAAUGUGUAUUUAGCUCCAUCCUGCUAGAGAGGUGGAGCAACCAA